CAUACCGGAAGUGUCUGUUCAUAGUUUGUCGAAGUGCUAGCGACUAUGCUAAUGCAUUGCAGAUCUCAAUUUGAGUGUCUGAGUGAAUGUGUCAUCUUCAUUCUGGACACAGGGUUAUACACUAUCGCCAUGCUACCGCAGCAGUGAGCUUUCUUCACGGCAAUACUAAGAAGCGAUUGCUUAUCUUUCUGCCUAUCCAAGCGCCGAAUACAAGGUGUGAAUGACCGACGUGGUGCCUAUCACUGCCCUCAGUGAAAUCAAGCUCCGCCUUCUUUGCCAGGAUGACAUAGAAAGAAUAAAAGUGCUCUGUGGAGAGUGGUUCCCCAUCGAGUAUCCAGACUCGUGGUAUCAUGACAUCACAUCAAACAAGAAGUUCUUCUCGCUGGCUGCCACCUGUAGAGGUGGAAUUGUGGGGAUGAUUGUGGCAGAAAUAAAAAGUAGAACGAAAGUGCACAAAGAGGAUGGGGACAUCUUGGCCUCCAGCUUUCCUGUUGACACUCAAGUUGCGUACAUCCUGAGUUUAGGAGUCGUGAAGGAGUUUCGCAAACAUGGAAUAGGAUCUCUGUUACUGGACAGUUUAAAGGAGCACAUCUCCACCACGGCACAGGACCAUUGUAAAGCCAUCUACCUGCAUGUGCUAACCACCAAUAACACUGCCAUUAACUUCUAUGAGAACAGAGACUUUAAACAGCACCACUAUUUACCGUAUUAUUACUCUAUACGAGGAGUGCUCAAAGACGGCUUCACUUACGUACUCUACAUAAACGGCGGACAUCCACCAUGGACUAUCUUUGAUUAUAUUCAGCAUAUAGGUUCGGCACUGGCCAGUCUAAGCCCAUGCUCCAUUCCUCAGAGAAUCUACCGCCAAGCACAGAAUCUCCUUCGCAGCUUUCUGCCGUGGUCAGGCAUCUCUUCCAAGAGUGGCAUAGAGUACAGCAGAACAAUGUGAGCGUCAUCAGGCCAAAACAGCCAAGGGUGGAAAAGAUUUGUUUGUUUGCUUCACACCCGAUUCCCGAAGUUACUAAGCAGCUGUGAGGAGACAAACGCUGGAUUUAUCUGGUUUAGAGCAAUGUAUCAUAUUUGUACAAUUUAUAAAUAUAUAUAUAUACACACACACACAAACAAACAAACACAAACACACUGACUUUUAUUAAUAUAUACAUUCAUAUGUCAUUAGUAGAUUGCCCUCUUAAUAUAAACUCUACUUCAUGCCUGUAAUUUUGCUGCUGUGUAGAAAUAAGCUAUGGUUUACCCAGAUUUUUAAUAUAAAUAGAUUUUUUAUGUGUCCCUCUACUAUUUUAAGGACUAUAUAGGGUAUAUGAUGGUAAAAGUAUCUCCCUCAAGAUGCAUUCUUUUUAUUUUAGUCACUCAUGCAUGUGUCAAGCUCUAGUGUUUUGUUUGUGCAGCAGUACCUUGACGCAGUAGACAUUUCAGCCCGUGUUUUUUUAAGUAUGUGGAUUGUUUUAAUGUUGUUUGCACAGAGGCAAUGAAUGUAAUGUUGCGAUGAAGGCAAAAGGGGCUGCAGUCACGGAAAAUGCUCAGUUUUACGAAAUGUGUAUUGUCAAUGUCAAACAUGUGAACUGUUUUUAAAUUCAGAACAUCUUAAACUAGCUGGAGCAUUUCAUCCUGCCAUUCCAUUGAGUGUACUUUUCUUUUAAAGGUGAAGUAGAUGAGCGUAUAUGGGGAAAGUGUUUUAAUUGAAGGUAUGUUACUGUGAAUCAGGGAAUUACACACAAAAUAAAAUGAUUUGGGAAACAAGCUCCUGCGUUACGUAACUUGCAAUAUAAUAUAAAGUAGGCCAGUUUUCGGCAAUGUUAAGUCGGAUCUGUGGUCCAACCAUCAAUUUAUGCAGUCUUUGAUAAGACAAAGCAUGUAUGUUUAUGUUAUGCUAAUGAUUUCUGUUUAGUAUACAAAAAUAUUGAACACAGACAUUUUUGUUUAUUACACAGGAACAUUGUUUCUUCUACUGUACUGUUGUGCCCGGCACAUGUCUUUUUUUUCAUGAAUUGUCAUGUUCAUUGUAAAUUAUCAGUAAAAAUGUUCAAUCAAUAUGUGCUUAAUUGUUUGAAUUGUUUAUGUAGGUAAUAGCACCACUAUCAUAUGUGCAGUUAAGAGUAAGAUUGUGUGUAAUUUACCACCAUUACUUUGCCAUCCUUAUGUUUUAUUUAGUAAAUGGUGCACUGUGGCAUUUUAUUGUGUUAAGUUUUAAUUGUGUUGAUAAUAAACCUUGAAAUAGCAGUCCAGCUUUUUUUCGUGUAACCCAGAUAACUAAACUUUCUUACUUUAACCUUAAAUGUGGUUAAAUAUGUGGACUUGAGAUACUAAAAGGAACUACUUUAGUUCCAUAUUGUCAAAUUGUCACCAGUGGCCGGUUGCAUAAACAUAGUUGUGACAUUAAGACUGUGUCUUAAGAAUGAUUCUGACUAACUAGCAGUUGGUUAGGGCUAAUCACUCUUAUUAUUUGGAUUAAAGUUAGACUGAUCUACCUUUAUAUGUAACACACUUAAAACAGUAAUGAUCAGUCUUGAAGAAAACAAUUCAUGACUAACUUUUAAGACUAGUCUUAAAGUUUUAUGCAACUGGCCCCUGGAUCUGUCUUCAAACUGUGUAGCACCCUCUAGUGUUCAUUUGGAAAUUCACGACUACGAAAGAUAUUUUAUUGUAACUUAAUUUACUGUGAUGCUAUUAAUCUGUUGUCUUGUUUAUGAAUUACUCAUUCAUCCAUUUAAAGCAUUUUGAGAUGACCUAUUGAGAAGAGAGAAAUGAUAAAUAAAGAUCUUGCAACCAU